AUGACUAGCUUGUUAUUAUGUUUGUUUUACAUCCUAUGUGUUACUGAAUCAGAGUGUGCUUUAACUUUAAUUUAUUAUAUUUCAUAUAAUAUUGGUUUUGAAUUCAAUAUUAUUACAAAAAAUCCAAACAUUCCAUUUUUAUGUAUUUUCUCCUUUCUUCUCCUCAAAUCAACUCCAAAUAUCACAAUAGAGUGUAAAUUUUUAUAUUCUGUCUCGCUCUGUAUUACUUCUUGCUUGAAAACUUGCCAUUUGCAGCUAGUUGCAUUCAAUCAUUUGCCUACUUACUUCCAUCUUAUUUCCAUCUUAAAUAUACAUUGGAAAAAUCACAAUUUUUAA